AUGGAAGACGUCGACUUGGGCAAGGACCGGACUCAGCUCAUCGACUUUGUUUAUGCGGUUAGUACAUUUGAUUAUAAAGAAGUAGUAGCAGAAGAUGUUCGGGAAAAUACAGUUCUGCAAGUCAUCGAAAUGGUAUAAUAGUUUCAGGUGAAAGUCAAAAUCUGCUCAUUUUGAUCUUCUUUGUAGAUCUGUACAAGUUACAGUAAAUCAAUAAUCUCCAACACGUUCGAUGUUAGUCAUACUUCCACAACUUUGAAAGCAUCUGAUAGAGUUCUAUGAAAUCCACAAACCUUCAUUUUCUCUAUUAAAUUUCACUCUUUAACCUAUGUUCCCAGUAAGAAAGUAUUGAUCUGACGUCUCUUCCGCUUCUCUCCCGCUGUCAUAGAAUCAAAGAGACCAGAAACUGAGCGGGUGUCCAUGGUUCAAGGAUGAGUGACGAAACUUAGAUCGUCGAACUUCCCACGUCAUCACAACGUCACUUCACUGUUUUCAGAAUCAGAACGGAUCGGCUCCAAAUCUGAACAAUGGCAACGACUCGAACAUUCCGCUCUCCGAGAAGGUGGUCAAGCAGCCACUGACGGAACAGUCAGAGUCCGCUCCGGCAGUCAAGAAGCAGAAGCCGCCGCCGAAACCGUCGAAGAAGGUUGCGUGCUCCUCCGGCUCCGCGAUCGCUCUGUUUCUGCUCGCAGUCGCCGCCAUCAUAUUCGCCGCGUUCCUGGGACAUUAUAUCACGAAAAGGGAAUACGAUCUGAUGCAGUUCCAUCAGUCCAACGAAACACUGGUGGCGUGUAAGAACUAGUAAGUGAAGGUUAUCACAAGAGUGACACGGAAACAUAUUGAUACAGUACUCGCCCGCACAAAAAACCGCACCAACCAAUUGUGAACGAAGAGGACGCCGAUGAGAAUGACGUGGUGAAGCAGCCUACGAAGGAAGAGCUGGCACUUCCGAAGAGUGUCCGACCGGUUUGGUACGAUGUGAGUCUGUCGCCGAAAGAAGGAGGCAACGGUACGAUGGGAUUGGCUCUCGUGAAGUUGAACAUCGAAGAGCCGACGAACAAGAUUGUGCUGAAUGCGAAGGGAAUCGAGUUCACCAAGAACUUGGAGAAGAUUCAGAUCGCAAGAGAAGUCGUCAAGAGAGUAAAGGUAAAACAAGUAACACGCUGAGAAAAAAAAACCGAGAAGCAUUCAGAAAUCAACGGAAGAUCUCACGAACAACACGACGUCUGGAGUCUCGGAGGGUUCCGGAUUCGCGCCAGAAGAAGAGGUUACCACGACGACCGAAGCUCCCGCUUCUUCUCUCGAAGAUACGGGAAUCAAAGUCACCGGAAUCGAGUUUGACGAAGACUUGGAGAAGGUCACGUUGACUUUGGACGGAGAAUUGAAGAAAGGAAGCGAUGUAGUUUUGAAAGUGAGUCAUCGGUAAUGAAAAUGCAAAUAACGAUCGUUCUCCAGAUUCCAUUCGUUUCCAAAGUGACGAACAGUAACGGACUGAAAGAGUACAAGUACAAGACGGAGACGGGAGAGGAGAGAAGCAUAUUCACGACGCAGCCGAGCUACGCCUACUUGAGACACGUCUUCCCGAGCUUCGACCAGGAGUCGUUCAAGGCCCCGGCCGCUCUGACUCUGAUGCACUCGAAGGGAUCCGUGGUGGUGGCCAACACUGAAGUGACGACUAAAGAUGAUGGGUAAGAACCUGAAUCGAAGGGGGGAGACAUUGAAGUGCUCGUUUCUAGAGAUGUGCAGACUUCCACUUUGAAGAAGGUUCUCGAUCCAGACUUUGUGAUCGGAGAUCUUGUUGUCAGCGAGGUGAACACAACCAGCGGACUGACGAUCCGAGUUUGGACACGGCCAGAGGUGAAGUUGUCCACGGAAAAGGUUCUGGACUACGCGGAUCAAGCCAUUGACACUCUGGAACACAUCCUCCAGUCCAGACUGGAAUCUAAGAGCUUAGGUAAGAAAGGCACAAUAUCAGAUGAUGUUUAGGAGCUAGCUAAUCUUCAGAUAUUGUGGCCGUUCCUGGAUUCGAGGCCGGCAACCGCGUGAGCAAUUCGUUUAUCGUUCUCCCAGAAGAAGACGUUCUUUACAACGAGAACUCGAAUGAUAUUUCCCAAAAGGCUCGCAUUGCCAGAACCAUCUCCAACCGAAUCGCCGCUCAAUGGUUCGGCGGAAUCACGAAUCCAGAGGAGUACGGUACUUUCUGGCUCAACGAUGCGCUGCCAAAGUACCUUGAAGUGGAGGCCCUUGAGAAGAUACUCGAUGUGAAUGCGGUGAGUUUCCAUUUGACGACUCGAUUUCAGAAGAACCGAGUAGCUUUCAGGAUGAUUUGUGGACUUAUGAGUUGGAGAAGAUUCUCGAAAAAGACGCGACUGCCACGUCCCAGCCGUUGAGAGUGAAGAAUGUCCAUUCGGCGGCUGAUAUCGCAGCGAUCGAUCACGAGUUCAUUGGUAAAAAGGGAGCGGCCGUCCUCCGAAUGAUUGAGAAGUCGGUCGGAAGGGAUGUGUUCAACAAGGCCAUCAGAGUAAUAUCACUUUUCCAUUUCGAUACUCUGAUGACAACAUUUUAUUUCUUUUCAGAGCUUCGUCUCUUCGUACCGUUCCGCGUACCCAUACGAUGACGGACUCUGGAAGUCGUUCGAGAAGGCCAUCGGUGGAAAGUUGAAGGGAUGGAACAACGAACCUCUGGACGUCGGAAAGUUCGUGAACACUUGGGUGGAUCAGAUCGGAUUCCCACUCGUUUCCGUCGACAAACUGGACAGCGAAAACGUGGAAUUGUCUCAAGACCGCUUCAAGAACGAUCACAAAACCAAGGAGCAGUUUAAAUUCCGAAAUGCAAAGUACUGGUUCAACUGGGAAGUUCCGCUCUUCCUCAAGAGCUCCGCCGACGUCGGAAAUGUUUCGUGGCUCCACGAGGCCUUUAGACUUCCGUUGAACACUUCCGAUUCGAUCUACUUGAAUACCGAUGCCAAUGGUGUUUAUCGUGUGAAUUAUGAGGAGAGAAGAUGGAAUGACAUUGCGAAACAGCUGGAGAAGUCGCACGGAAAACUGUCGGACAGAACCCGAGCCCGUCUGAUCUCUGACGUUUUUGCUCUCGCCAACAGUGGAGCCAUCCCAUUCGAGACGGCUCUCAACGUGACUUCGUACCUUCCGUCCGAAACUGCCACCGUCCCUUGGCUAGUCGCUACCAGAAUAUUCAAGAAGUUGACGCAAAGAUUGGAAGGAUCACCUCUUCAGGAUAAACUUAAUGUUGGCUUGAACCUUCUUACUCUUCAACUUUCAACAUUUCAGAACUACAUUUACGAUAAGAUCCACCAAAAGUACGAAGAAGUCACGUCCACGCCCACAGAUCACAACUACCUGAAAAGUGUUCUCCGCAAGAAUUUCCUUGAUUUGAUGGCCGAUGUGAAGCCGGCAAAAUCGAAUGAGAAACUGAAUGAGAUGUUUGUGGAAGAGUUCUUGGCGCCGUGCCAACAUUCUGGAAACUUCAGCAGUGACUGCUCCGCGUAUGUGAUCACAUCUGACCGACAAUAUUUCGUUGAACUUUUUCAUUUGAUUUCAGAGUCGCUGGUGAUCUUCGUGGCCAAGUUUACUGUAACGGAGUGGAGUUUGGAAACGAUACUGUCUUCGAGACGGUCAAGAGAUUGGGAGAUAAAGAAGUGAGUGCAGAUCGCGCAUAGAAAAUUUAAAAGAAAAUGAUUUGCAGGUGGAUGAAGCCGAGAAAGAAGUGCUUCAAAACGCACUGGCCUGCUUCAGAGACCCACGAGUGCUCCGUCGUCUCAUUCUGGAGAAUCUGAACAGCACGAGUGCAGUCACUCAGCUUCUGAAAAAAAUGAACAGCCGUCCGGUCGGAAGAGAAGUCGCGACCAACUGGAUCAUUGACAACUGGUCGACUGUCCUCAAGAAGAAGUUCAAGGACGACCCGGAGAGUCUGAACGCCAUCGCGAACACCGGAAUCGUGUUGGAAAACGAGAGAGAAAAGAGCACGGUGGAGACGUUCCUGGAGCACCAUCACAAGAGCACCAACGCGAUCGAGAGCCUCGAGCAGAAGAUCGAAGCGGCAACCACUGAUAUCUACUGGAGAAAGCAGAGAGUUGGAGAGUUGAGCGAUUAUUUGGACGGGAAGAUGAAGGGACCGGCGAAGGAGGAGGACGGAGAGGACAGCGAGGAAGAGCAGGAAUGA